GAAUACAACAAAGAAUUGUGGGAAUGACGUCAGGUACGAGCCCAGAAGAAGACAACUGAGUGUGAAAUGUUAACGACAAUAUUUACCUAAAAAAGCUUUUAUUUAAAAUUGCUCUUAUUGAAUAUUGUUUUCUUAGCAAUAAUGAUUAAUACCGUUUUGAAGUAAUGGCUCGAAUAAGGUGCAAUUAUUGUCAAAACGAGAUAUUUGGGCACCGCUUACGAUGCACGGAAUGUAUCGACUUUGACCUUUGUUUACAGUGUUUUUCUUUGGGGGCUGAAAUCGCUACACAUAGACGAGAGCAUUCUUUCACUAUAAAGAAUGACCAAGGACCUUGUAUAUUUGAAGAUUCUCAGAGAUGGUCACUUGCAGAGGAGAAUAUGUUGUUAGAUGCUGUUGAACAGUAUGGCUUUGGAAACUGGAAUGGAGCAUCUGCACACCUGGAGACCAGGACAUCAGUAGAAUGUGAAGAGCAUUAUCGGCGCUUUUACAUUAAUGGUGUCAUUGGUGAUGCUACACUACAAGAAGUUCCCAGACCUAGUAUCACAGAUCAUACAAGUGCAAAUGGAGCUUUGGCAGGUCCACUGUCUCCAAGUCUAACCAUUCCUAUCACCCCAUUAGAGAUUGGCCAACAGCAACAACAGGAGUUGGGCUAUAUGCCAUUAAGGGAUGAUUUUGAAAGGGAGCAUGACAAUGAAGCCGAGUCAUUGGUCAGUAGUCUGACAAUCAACCACGAUGAUGAUGACAUAGACAUCGCUGUAAAACUUGCCCAAAUUUGCAAGUACAGGCUACGCUUACACGAAAGGGAGCGUAGGAAAAGACUAGCAGGAGAAUAUGGUUUAACUGCUGCAGGAAUUCCAUCCAUUUCAAAAGCUGCUAAAACCCCACACUCCAAGAAAAAAAGUGGCAAAACAGGAAGGGAACUACAAGAAAGACUGAAGCCUUUUUCCCAGUUUCAUCUAAGGGCUGAACAUCAAAUGUUAUUCAGUAACAUCAAAAGGGAAAAAGAAUUAAAAGCAAGAAUCAAAGAACUAAUGCGUCUUAGAAAGAAUGGCAUAACAAAAUUAGAAGAUGAAGAGAUAUAUGAAUCAGAAAAGUUUAAGAGAGAAAAGAGAAAAGAAACUAAGAAAAAGCUGGUGACCUCUUUAACGCCAAAGAGGAAUUCCCAAGUCUCCAAAAAGGCAGAGGUAAAACAAGAAAAAAUGGAUACAUCUUCAGAAGAAAGCGCAGAAAAAGUUUCAGGAAAAGGUGAGGAAGGUGUAACAGAAUCUCACAGGGAAAUCAACAACAGCAUGCCAGGAUUUGAGUUGAUUUCAGAAAAUGAAAAAAAGCUCUGCAAUUCCAUGGGCAUGUCACCUGCUAAUUAUAUUACCAUCAAGACUUGUAUUAUAAAAGAUUACUUACAAAGAUGCAGCGGAAAAGAUGUUGGAAAAUUUCGUUAUCCAGGUGGUAUGGAUAAAACCCACAGAAGAAAGAUUAUAGGUUUUUUACAGGAAAAUUUGUGGAUUGGUGCAUCUUGAUGUAUGGUGGACUUAAGUAGGAGUGAGCCACUAUUGAACAAUGUUUACCCAUUGGGAGUGGUCUGAUGUACAGAGACACUUUCAAGUUGUGGCUAGUCUGUUUUAAGACUGCCUGAUAAGGAGGCUAACACAGAUAUCAAUGUAAUUGACUGAUUUACUCUUAUAAGACUUGAUAUAGCAGGUCUUAAUUAAAGCAUUACUUCCUUGGAAUGAUUAAGUCAAUAGGAUGGGUUUCAAAUCCAACAUUUGACUCCUUUCCUAGUCUUGUGUAGUAGUGUGUGCUGAAUGUUUGAAUAAGUCUUGAGUGGUCACUUGUGUUGAAUACAUGUACAUUUUAAUACUUGUUUGUAAGGAAUUACUGUUUUCAUUGAUCAUUGGCAGUGUUUUGUUAUAGAUUGCUUAUUUGGGGUGAAGGGUUGAUUGUUGUUUUUUUUUUCUUAAACGUGUCAGUUGAAUUUUUCGAAGUGAUAAAAGUGUUGCCUGAUAGUUGUGGUUGAUAUUAUGCUGCUAUAUCCACUUGUACUAUAAUGUAGAUAUUUAUCAAUGACUAAUAAAUAUAUGUCAAACAGUAA